UAUCCACAUUUACAUUUAAAUUUUAUUUCUUCAUUCAUUUUUUUUUAAAUAUUAUUUUUAGCCUAAUUUAUAAGAAAUGCAAAAGAAAUGGCAAAAUAUGUAUGAAUACUUGAAAAUCUUUAUUUUUUUUUGGUAAAUUUAUAUUUAUAAGGAAUAUAGUAUAUGACCAUUAGCCAUAUUUCCCUAUAUAUAUAUUUGACUGCUGACCACAAAAAUAUAUGCAUAAUUGCAUAUACUAUUUUUGGUAAAAAUAUAAUAAAAACCAGUGUAUCCACAUCAAUACCUUAAAUACUCGUUGACCAGAAUUAAUAUAUAUUUUUAUUUAUAUUGGCAAGUAUGGUAGAGUAACUAGUUGGAGAGCAAAAAAAAAUAACUUAUCAAUGGCAAUGGCAUUAGAUAUAUUGUUCUGUCUCUCUGUUUAUCUGCUGUUUACACAAGGUGCACAAGGAAACAUUGACGAUUAUGACUGUGUUGAUAUAUACAAACAACCGGCUUUUCAACACCCAUUGUUGAAAAAUCACAAGAUUCAGGAAACAUUCAACUUGGAUGGAAAUAUUGAAAGAAGCAACAAAUAUAACUCACAAGAGCAUUGUCCAAAAGGAACAGUUGCAAUUUUAAGACAGGGAAAUGAAUCUCAGAGCGUUCAUUUGAAUUCAGACGAGUAUUAUGGUCAACAUUUUGCAAGGAUUGAAACCAUAAUAGAUGGAACUAUCCAUCGAGGAGCCGAAGCAGAAAUAAGUAUUCACGAUUUAAAGUUGCAAAACAAUCAAUACAGUAAAAGUCAAAUAUGGUUAGAGAAUGGAUCUGCAGGUAACCUCAAUAGUAUACAAGCUGGUUGGGCGGUACAUCCAAGGUUAUACGGUGACAGCGUCACACGAUUAACAAUAUAUUGGACAGGAGAUGGUUAUCGAAAAACAGGAUGCUACAAUACGCAAUGUCCUGGAUUUGUGGUUGUAAGUCAAAAACUCCUUCUUGGAAAAGGAUUUUGGGGGUCAUCCAUCUAUGGUGAAACAAGCCUUACCUUUAACAUACAAGUUAAUCAGGAUCCCAAUAGUGGAAACUGGGUACUUCAAAUAUCUAAUGAAGUGAUUGGUUAUUGGCCUAAAGAAUUAUUUACUUACUUAAACAAAGGAGCUUCUCUAGUAAGCUAUGGAGGAAAUACUUAUUUAUCUCCCGAUGGAAUUAGUCCUCCAAUGGGAAAUGGACAUUUUCCGGUUGCAGAUUUUAAGAAGACAGCACAUUUUAAAAACAUUGUGGUUAGAGACUCUAACUAUAAAAGAGUUUAUGUUGAAGAUAAGAAAAUAAGACGUUACGCUGAUUCUUAUAGUUGCUAUAGAGUGACAUAUUGGGGUUAUUAUAAAUCCACUGGUGUGGCAUUUUCAUUUGGAGGACCAGGUGGAAAUUGUGGUAUUUGAGGAAUUCUAUAUAUGCUAUGUAUCAACAAAAUAAUA